GCAGGCCCAGCGCAACCUCUGAGCUCCCAGCGCUCCAGGCGUGGUGUCUUUUGUAGAAGCUCCUCAAGUGCAGGGACUGGUGCACUAAACAGCAGCCGCAACGCCAGCCGCAGCGGCAGUGUCGGGGUCCUGUAUAGAAGCUUCAUCCCCCUUGUUUGUGUGCCUGCCUGCUUCCCCAGAGUCAGAGGCAGGUACUCGGGUAUCCUAGUUUUCUGUCAUAGUGAGUGGGUCUGGUGGGAAGUAGAAUUACGUCAGGUGCAGCGAGUGGCCCUGCGUGUCCGUAGCGGAAACUAUAGAGGAGCUGCGGAGCUUCUUGCUGCUGGGUACUAUCUCCAUGUCUAGCUACAGCUGCCUUCUACCUUAUCACAGGUUUACCUUAAUCCUCUGGGUACUGUAGACAGCUCUUUAAAAGUAACCACUGCACUACUGGUUCAAAGGAAGGAUAAAAGAAGAGGGUAAACACCUGGCAAAUGUUGAGGGACUGGUGACAGAGUUAUCCUAUUUUUGAACCCUUCACAUCAUCCUGGUUUCAGUCCCUCUUCUGACUGCUGUUACUGACUUCUCUGAGUCUGAAGUCACUAAAUCUGAAGAAGCCAAACAAACCUCUCAGAUAAUUCUAGAAGAUUUAAGACUCUGAAAAUGUUCCCCUUGGAGGAUGCUGAAAUGGGCGCCUUUACCUUCUUUGCUUCAGCUUUGCCACAUGAUGUUUGUGGAAGCAAUGGGCUUCCUCUCACACCAAAUUCCAUUAAAAUUUUAGGGCGCUUUCAAAUCCUUAAGACCAUUAUCCAUCCCAGACUGUGCCAGUAUGUGGAUAUUUCUAGGGGAAAACAUGAGAGACUGGUGGUGGUGGCUGAACACUGUGAACGGAGUUUGGAAGACUUGCUUCGAGAAAGGAAACCCGUGAGCUAUUCGAAGGUUUUGUGCAUAGCAUUUGAAGUACUUCAGGGCUUGCAGUAUAUGAACAAACAUGGUAUAGUACACCGUGCACUGGCUCCUCAUAAUAUUCUUUUGGACCAAAAGGGGCAUAUUAAAUUGGCUAAAUUUGGACUUUAUCACAUGACAGCUCAUGGUGAUGAUGUUGAUUUCCCAAUAGGGUAUCCAUCAUACUUGGCACCCGAGGUAAUUGCACAAGGAAUUUUCAAAACCACUGAUCAUAUGCCAGGUGAAAAACCAUUGCCUUCUGGUCCCAAAUCAGAUAUAUGGUCUCUUGGAAUCAUUUUAUUUGAGCUUUGUAUGGGGAGAAAAUUAUUUCAGAGCUUGGAUAUUUCUGAAAGAUUGAAAUUUUUGCUUACCUUGGACUGCGUAGAUGAUACUGUGAUAGUUCUGGCUGAAGAGCAUGGUUGUCUGGACAUUAUAAAGGAACUCCCUGAAAAUGUGAUAAAUCUUUUGAAGAAGUGCCUCACCUUCCACCCUUCUAAAAGGCCAACCGCAGGUGAAUUAAUGCAGGACAAGCUGUUCAGUGAAGUGUCACCUUUAUAUACUCCCUUUAUGAAACCUGCUAGUCUGUUUUCAUCUUCUCUAAGAUGUGCUGAUUUAACUCUACCUGAGGAUAUCAGUCAGCUGUGUAAAGAUAUCAACAGUGAUUAUCUGGCGGAAAGAUCUAUUGAAGAAGUAUAUUACCUUUGGUGUUUGGCUGGAGGUGACUUGGAGAAAGAGCUUGUCAACAAGGAAAUCAUUCGAUCCAAACCACCUAUCUGUACACUCCCCAAUUUCCUCUUUGAAGAUGGUGAGACCUUUGGGCAAGGUCGAGAUAGAAGCUCACUUUUAGAUGAUACUACUGUGACAUUGUCAUUAUGCCAGCUAAGAAAUAGAUUAAAAGAUGUUGGUGGAGAAGCGUUCUACCCGUUACUUGAAGAUGACCAGUCUAAUUUACCUCAUUCAAACAGCAAUAAUGAAUUAUCUGCAGCUGCCACUCUCCCCUUAAUCAUUCGAGAGAGGGACACAGAGUACCAACUCAACAGAAUUAUUCUCUUUGACAGGCUUCUAAAGGCUUAUCCAUAUAAAAAAAAUCAAAUCUGGAAAGAAGCAAGAGUUGACAUUCCUCCUCUUAUGAGAGGUUUAACCUGGGCUGCUCUUCUAGGAGUUGAGGGGGCUAUUCAUGCCAAGUAUGAUGCAAUUGAUAAAGACACUCCAAUUCCUACAGAUAGACAAAUUGAAGUGGAUAUUCCUCGUUGUCAUCAAUAUGAUGAGCUGUUAUCGUCACCAGAAGGUCAUGCAAAAUUUAGGCGUGUAUUGAAAGCCUGGGUAGUAUCCCAUCCUGAUCUUGUGUAUUGGCAAGGUCUUGACUCACUUUGUGCUCCAUUCCUAUAUUUGAAUUUUAAUAAUGAAGCCUUGGCAUAUGCGUGUAUGUCUGCUUUUAUUCCAAAAUACCUAUAUAACUUCUUCUUGAAAGACAAUUCACAUGUAAUACAAGAGUAUCUAACUGUGUUCUCUCAGAUGAUUGCAUUCCAUGAUCCAGAGCUGAGUAAUCAUCUCAAUGAGAUUGGCUUUAUUCCAGAUCUUUAUGCCAUCCCUUGGUUUCUAACUAUGUUUACCCAUGUAUUUCCACUGCACAAAAUCUUUCACCUCUGGGAUACCUUACUACUUGGGAAUUCCUCUUUCCCAUUCUGUAUCGGAGUAGCAAUUCUUCAGCAGCUGCGGGACCGGCUUUUGGCUAAUGGCUUUAACGAGUGCAUUCUUCUCUUCUCUGAUUUACCAGAAAUUGACAUUGAACGCUGUGUGCGAGAAUCAAUCAACCUGUUUUGUUGGACUCCUAAAAGUGCUACUUAUAGACAGCAUGCACAACCUCCAAAGCCAGCUCCUGACAGUGGAGUCAGAAGUUCAGCAUCUUACUUCUCCACUGAGUGUCCAGAGCCUCCAAAGACAGAUCUGUCAAGGGAAUCCAUUUCGUUAAAUGACCUCAAGUCAGAAGUAUCACCCCGGAUUUCAGCGGAGGACCUGAUUGACUUGUGUGAGCUCACAGUGACAGGCCAUUUCAAAACACCCACCAAGAAAACAAAGUCCAGUAAACCAAAGCUCCUGGUGGUUGACAUCCGAAAUAGCGAAGAUUUUAUUCGUGGCCACAUUUCAGGCAGCUUCAAUAUUCCAUUCAGUACUGCAUUCACAGCAGAAGGAGAGCUUACCCAGGGCCCUUGCACUACUAUGCUCCAGAGCUUCAAAGGGAAGGUCAUUGUCAUCGUGGGGCAUGUGGCAAAGCACACAGCUGAGGUAAGUGUAUGCAAAAAUAUCAUAAGCACGUUUGAUGAAUUAUUUACCUGUCUACUGUCUAGGUUGUCUAAUAGUAUAUUUCAUCAGGAGUUGUUCAUAAAUGAAAUGACCUUUGAAGAUCUGUCUACUCUUAUAUAGAAAAGUUUGUCUUUCUCCCAGUAAAAGUACUCGAGUUUUUCCCCAGCUUAGUUCAGCAUCAGGAGCAACAGUAGAUUUAGAAAAAUCCAAAUGAUAGCCUAAGUGGUUUUUUGUUUGUUUGUUUUCUAACUGCUUUCUGAAAUUGCUAAGAAGUGGCUUGAAUUUCCUCCAGAGAAAAACAGUGGGGAUUGAGGAGGCUCUAAAAGCUGGUAAUGAUGGAGUCCGUUGGGCUUGAGGGUUUUAUUUACUAUCAGCACAAAGCUUUUCAUGAUAGAGAAUUCAGGAAAGGUAUCAACUUUCAAAUAUUCAUGGAUAACUUCACGGAUAAGAAUCAGCAUGCAUCCAGUCCCCAAAGUGUGGAGAUUGGUACAAUCCCCACUUUCCCACUGCCCACAUGGUAUCCAGAGCUAGGACAGAUCUCACAAGUUAAAAGGACACUGUCCUUCAGACUGUCAAAUAAGGCAGACACCAGCCACAAGUUUGAGAGUCAGCAUGACACCCUCACUUUCACCUCCUGGCUCCCCUUUCUCCCUUGGGUUCAAUAAUUCUAUGGAAUGCCUCACAGAACCCUCAGAGAGUACAACACGUAAAAUUAUAGAUUUAUUAUAGCAAAGGGAUACAAAUCAGGAUCAUCAUAAGAAAAAGCAGCAUGGGCAAGGUCUGGGAGGGUUCCCAGUGUGAAGCUUCCACAUUCCAAAGAGGACACAUCACCCGCCCUUCAUCAACCUUCUGAGCCUUCAUGUUCCAGGCUUUUAUUGGCCAGUACUUCAUGAUAGGCUAAACAAUGCCUCCUGAGGCUAAUUGAUAUUGGCCUCCCAGGUGAAUCUUUUCUGAUCUGGUCAGCACCAUUCAGCAGCACAAAUCCUCAGGUGUGGCCUAGAAGUCCCAGACCAGUGAGCCCCCAACACUCCAAGGGUUAUUUCUCCAGAACCAAGAACAAAGACCACCUUAAUUUGGGUAAAGCUAAGUGCUUUACCCUUCAAUAUAUGUAGAGUAUAUGAAAGAAAAUAGCUUCCGUCUUCCUUGGCUAUGUUUUGAACAAACUGAAAAAUAAAGACUAUCAUAUUGAAAUAAAAAAUAUCACCUUUAUAUUUUAUAAAAGCCAAGAUGGAGGAUAUAGCUUAGUGUGAGAGCCAAAUGGACUUGCUAACAGAUCACCCAAAAUUAGGCAGAGAACCUAUCUAGAUAUAGGCAACAUAUAACCAGAAUAGGCCAUUCAUCUCAAGGGACAGAUAGAUCUGCUCCUGGAAAAAUAACAGAGGUAGCUUGCUCCCUGAGGCAGCUUGUUCCCAAGAGGAAGAAGGGCAGGAUUGAGCCUUCUCAAAUUUGCCAAUCUUGGGGACAGAGAGAAUAAAGAGAUAAAAGGAAAGGUCAGUAAUACACUUAGAAAAAUUUCUUCCCAUGGAAGUCAGGAGUAGAGAUAAAAUAUUCCCCUCUAAUAUGCACAUUCCUUUGUGUCUGUUUAAACUGAACAAUCGAGACAUGUGGUUGCUGAAAGUGUAGUCAAAUGAGAACUUUACGACUUUUAGUCAUAGGACAUUUUAAGCAUUUAACAACCCUUGUCUCAAAAAUAAAUGUUAAUGGUAGCAUUGGCUUUUGACGAUAAACAAAGGUCAACCUUGUUAAAGAUUAACUAGCCAUACUAAAGAAGUAUCCUGAGUGGAUAUUAGUUAUAAGUCAUAAAUCACUCACCUCUCAUAUAUGCAUAUCCAUCAUCUGACAAGGAACAAUACACGUAUUUCACAGAAAGUAUAGUAAAUGGGAACAUUAUAAAACUAAAGCCAUAAUAUCUAUAUUAUUUUUAUGUAACUUAUUAAAUUAUUAUGAUUAUUUUGCUACUACUGCUAUACUGCUGUUGCUACAUUUAUCUGUAUUUCUAUGUCAUUCCAAAGAAGAAUGUUAGUUUUCUAUUACAAUGCAUAUCAAUACAUUCAUCUCACAGAAAACACUAUUGAAAACCGUGUAUUUCUAAGUUCCAAGUAAUCUAUGCCUUAGGAAGAAAUCCCAGCAAUGAUAAUAAUCCCAAUUGUCGACUGGUCUUUAUGUGCUAGGCACUGUGGUAAAUACCUUUCAUAUAUUCUCUUAUUUCAUUUAACAACUCUGUGAGGAAGGCAUUAUUCUACACAUUUUACAUAGAAAAACUUAGAUUCAAAGUUUAUAUAAUUUUUCUGCAUCGAAGCCAGGAUUGAAACAUCUCACUCCACAGGCCAUACCCUUAACUUAGUGAGUUCUUAAGUCUUUUGAGUCUGAAUACUAUUUGUCUCAUUUUUUUAAAUAGGCUUAUUGUGACUUUUCACAGAUCACAGUAGUUCUUCCCAGUGUAUGAAAUUAUACUUACAAGACUUGAAAUUAAUUUUUAUGUUCUAAGUGCUAACAAGUUCAGGACUAUUUUCAUGAAGUUUUCACAUUUUGAAAGAUGGUAUCUAAUAAGUAUACCCUGUAUGAUUUAAUCUUAAAUAUGCCAAAUGUUUUUGAACAUUCUACUCAGUAUGCUAAUCUCCAGCUGUAAGUUUAUUCUAAUUUUACCGUGAAGAUCAAAGUGUAUAUAAGUCAAUAAGUAAUUCAUUUAUUUCUUUAAACAAUCAAAUCAAUCAGAAAAUAUUUGUCAUCCGUUGGUGCUUGACACUGUGUGAAAUGCUGUAGUCUAUUAUAAUAUCAAUAAAUUUAAACUUUUGACAUGUGAGAGAAAUCUGGAAGCAUGGCAAUUCAGAUAAGUAAUAACAGUAUAUGAUAAUAACAGUAAUAAAUAGAGAGCCACCCACAUUCAGAAUAAAUUAGUCAAUGUCAUGCCUAUCAGAAACCAAAUGCUAUUGUGAACAAUUCCCUCUUUAUUAAACCCUUCAUAAUUAUUCAUACCUGUGAGCAACAAUGACUGAGCAAAUUAUAUGCUUGGCCAUUAAUGCUUCAAUCCAAUACCAGGAAAUCAUUUUUGAGAAACAGUUUUAGAUAUGUGUAUAGAGCUAUGUCUUUAAUAAUUUUUCUCAUCAUAGGAUACAGAGAAUUUUUGAUAUUUAUUUGCUUGUACUGUCACGUUAUCUUUUUGCCUGCUGUACAGAUCUGUAUGGCCUUUGUAAUGCUUUUUUCUCCCCACUAAGUUGAAAGCAUCUCAGUUUAAAGCAUAUUUAUUGAACCUCUGUUAUGUUAUCUGUGGUUAUGCUGGCUAUCUUCCAUUUGCCCCACCUCCCACCCCAGA